AGAAUGCUUUUUCCAUCUCACUUUAUUCUCUCUCUCCAAAAAAAAAAUGUUGUAGAAUUUUCUCUUUCCUGGAAGACCAGCUUCCUUCAUUCUCAAAAAUUCUUUUACUUUGUAAUAACUCAAAAAUAUUUUAAAUAAAAAUUAAAUCUUUUCCCUUACUUCUUUGCACCCAUUUUUUUUCUUCCUAAAAUUCGGUUGUUAAGGUUGUUCCAUCAUCGUAUUUCGUUGUCCCAAAAAACUUUUAAGGUUAAAUUUCAUCUGGGUGUCUUUCUGGAUCAGACCCAGAUCCUGUUUUUGUCUGAUCCAUCUAUUUUUUUAAUGAUUUUCUUGCAAAUAAUCAUAAUCAAGAAGCAAUAUGAAAAAGGAAAAGCAGAUUGAGGUUGCUGCUUUGUUUGAUUUGAAGGAGCAUCAAUAAGGACUAAGGAACGCGUUUUAACUUUUUUCUUGUCGAAGAGAUUUGCGGUAUGAUCAAGCAGUUAUUAAAUAAGCUCCCUAAGAAAGUAUCGAAAACGGUGGAAAAUAAUGAAGGAGGUGGAACAUCAACUUCUUCUUCGACAGCCUCAAACAGUAUGAGAAGUAGUUAUGGAAACUCAACGGUUUCAGGUGUUGAUUCCAAUUCGAGCGUUGGACUAAAUCACGGCGACGUGCUUGUACAAGCAGUGAACUCGAAACUGAAUCUGAAUGGUAGUUUAUUGGCUUCUUAUGAAGCCUUGCCGAGUUUUCGUGAUGUUCAGAAUUCAGAGAAGCCGAAUUUGUUUAUAAGAAAGUUGCAAAUGUGCUGCGUUGUAUUUGACUAUACCGACCCUUCGAAGAACGUUAGAGAAAAGGAGAUUAAGCGACAGAUGCUAGUUGAACUUGUGGAUUAUGUUACUUCAGCUAACAGCAAGUUUACGGAUGUUAUGAUGCAAGAAAUCGUUAAAACGGUGUCGGUAAAUUUGUUCCGGACGUUGACUACUCCGCCGCGCGAGAACAAGAUUCUUGAAGCCUUUGAUAUGGACGAGGAAGAGCCUUCGAUGGACCCUGCAUGGCCUUACUUGCAAAUUGUGUACGAACUUCUUCUUAGGUUUGUCACGUCGCCCGAGACCGAUGCAAAGUUAGCGAAAAGAUAUGUUGAUCAUUCAUUUGUUCUCAGAUUGUUAGACCUUUUUGAUUCAGAGGAUCCCAGAGAGCGCGAUUACUUGAAGACGGUUCUUCAUCGAAUAUACGGGAAAUUUAUGGUUCAUCGACCGUUCAUCAGAAAAGCAAUCAACAAUAUAUUCUACCGUUUCAUUUUUGAAACCGAGAAACACAACGGUAUUGCAGAACUGUUGGAAAUUUUGGGAAGUAUAAUCAACGGAUUCGCUCUUCCGUUGAAAGAAGAGCACAAGCUGUUUCUUCUUCGAGCUCUUAUUCCUCUUCAUAAACCGAAAUGCAUACCGAUGUAUCACCAGCAGUUAUCUUACUGCAUCACACAGUUUGUAGAAAAAGACUGCAAGCUUGCCGAUACCGUUAUACGCGGAUUAUUGAAAUACUGGCCGAUAACAAAUAGUUCUAAGGAGGUUAUGUUCUUAGGAGAGCUGGAAGAAGUCUUGGAUGCAACACAACCUGCAGAGUUUCAGAAAUGUAUGGUACUCUUGUUUCGCCAAAUAAGACGUUGCUUGAGCAGUUCACAUUUCCAGGUAGCAGAGAGGGCAUUGUUCUUAUGGAACAGUGAUCACAUUCAGAACUUGAUCAAACAGAACAACAAAGUCAUACUUCCCAUAGUCUUACCUGCUUUGGAGCAAAAUGCACGGAACCACUGGAACCAAGCCGUCCGAAGCUUGACAAUAAACGUCAGCAAGAUCUUCUCGGACUUUGAUCCUGCAUUCUACGAAGAAUGCAUGAUCAAAUUCCGAGAAGAUGAAGCGCAAGAGAAUGAUGUGAAGUCAAAAUGUGAAGCCAGAUGGAAGCGAUUGGAAGAAAUGGGAGGCAUGAAAGCUCCAACCAAUGAACCGGUUUUGGUUUCUCCGAAAGCUGCGUCCCGUUACGCAACUCCCGGUAAGGCAAGUAGGACUCAAUUGGAAUGAUAUAUGAAGGGUGGAAAAUCAUGAAAAUACAAAAGUACUCCAAAUUGGUUUUACAAGCAUUGAAUGUAUAUAUUCAAAAUUGUUUUGGAAUUUGCUUUAUGUAGCGGGUCUUUGAAGUUUGAUCUAUGAAGUACUGACACGACACAAACACAUCCGGUAAUAUUCAAUUAUUCCAUUUUCUUAAAUUGUUACCGAUGUUAACAUGUCAGAGUGUCUGUGUUCGUGUUUCAUAGAAUUUGAUGCUACAAAGAAUCACAAAAUGGCCCGAGUUCCACGUUUAAUCCACGCUUUCAUACUUCACUUUGAUGAAAACAUGUUCCAUUUUGUGUUUCAAGUUUGUAGUGUUAAUUUUGGUUUUGUUGUGUAGUUGAGUUGGUUGUUCAAGGAAAGAUGAUAAUUAGGAGUUAUCUUGUAAUGAAUCGUUGUUGUUUUAUAUAUAUAUUUUGAAAGCAACUUAUUUGUUA